AUGGUCAAUGCGAUGCUGAACACAAUCAGCGGUAUCCUGUUGACGAUCGGGUAUGUACAAAUCCGACAACGGAAAAUUACGGCACAUAAAAAAUGUAUGCUCGCAGCGUUCGUUGUGUCCGUGCUUUUUCUCAUCAGUUACGUUAUCUAUCACGCCAAUACCGGGUCGAAACCGUUCACGAAGCAAGGGUGGAUCCGCCCUGUCUACUUCACUAUCCUGAUUUCGCACAUUAUUUUGGCGUUUGUGAUAGUGCCAUUGGCGUUGCGGACGCUCUACUUAGCAUGGCGUGAGCGGUUUGAGAAACACCGUCGCAUCGCGAAAAUUACUUUUCCGAUCUGGCUAUACGUCUCGGUAACAGGCGUGAUUAUCUAUCUGAUGCUGUACCAGUUGUAG